AUGGCCAAAUUUAUAACUGCACGCGAUUUGCGCCAGCAUUGGGUUAAUAACCUUGAAAUUGCCCUCCUCGAUGUCCGUGAAGAAGGCCCCUAUUCCGAGUCCCAUCCUCUAUUCGCACUAAGUGUGCCAGUCUCGGAAAUCGAGAAGAAGUUGCUUCCACUAGUUCCUCGAUUGUCCGCCCCGAUUGUUGUCUACGACGAUGGUGAAGGUUAUGCAGACCGGGCUACUGCCCGGAUAUUAACCCUGGGGUAUCGGGAUGUUUCUAUUCUAAAAGGCGGGCUUUCCGGCUACUCCCUUGUUGGCGAAGUCUAUCGCGAUGUUAAUGUGCCAUCUAAGGCGUUUGGCGAGCUCGUCGAAUCCAUCAACCACACCCCAUCUUUAUCUGCGCGGGAGAUCAAUGAUGUUCUCAAUCGUGAUGGUGAUAUUGUUGUUUUGGAUGCCAGACGUUUUGAGGAGUAUAAUACUAUGAGCAUUCCCCGUGGCCGCAGCUGUCCAGGGGGAGAACUUUUGUAUCGCUUUUUCGAGGCUGUACCAUCUCCGGAAACCACAGUCAUCGUUAACUGUGCAGGUCGAACGCGGAGUAUUGUUGGGACCCAAUCUUUGAUCAAUUCUGGAAUCCCGAAUAAAGUAGUUGCACUUCGAAAUGGGACUAUCGGGUGGACAUUGGAGGGGUUGGAACUGGAGACUGAAAAGACAGAGCGGGUUCCACGGCCUUCGGGUGAGGCAUCGGAAAAGGCACGGAAAUACGCUGAAUCGUGGGCGAAUCACGUCGGCGUCUCUUGUAUUGAUGGCGAGCAGCUCGCUCAAUUUGCUGCCGAGUCAGAAGUUCGAACACUGUACCUUCUAGACGUGAGAGAUCCGGAGGAGUACGCCCUUGGCCACCCAGCCGGCUUCUCCAAUGCUCCUGGUGGCCAAUUGGUACAAGCCACCGAUGAAUGGGUCGGCGUUCGAGGAGCUCGCAUUGUUUUAUAUGAUACGGAUGGUGUGCGAGCACGAAUGACAGCCAGCUGGCUCUUACAGCUCGGAUGGGAGGUGUAUGUCUUUGAACAGCGAUCCCUCGUGCCUAAUGGACUUUUGUUGCCUAAAAUUCCUUCGUUCUAUCCUCCAAAGAGUGGCGCUAUCACAAUCAAUGACCUUCAAAAUACCACAGGGCCUACAGUGAUCGAUCUCGCCCGUAGCCCGUCCUAUCGCCAAGGCCACAUUCCGGGCGCAUGGUUUGCGUCUGGGCCCGAACUUACCCGAGAUUUGAGAGCUGUCGACGGCGACGGCCCUAUCGUGCUCACCUCGCCAGAUGGUGACCUUGCCUCGAUAAAUAUUGACGAGGCGCGCAAUUCAGUCGCGCGAGAAGUUUAUUACUUGGUGGGAGGGACGACGGCCUGGGUAGCUGCCGGCCAUCCCCUCGAGACCGAAUCGCGGUGGCUGUCGCAGCCAAUUGACGUGUAUAAAAGGCCGUACGAAGGAACAAGCAAUGCUCGCAAGGAUAUGCAAGGGUAUCUUGAUUGGGAGUAUGGGCUUGUCGCACAACUGGCGAACGAUGGGGUCGCACGUUUUCACGUUAAGCGGGACUCGCGUCUCCAGGAACAAAUAACUAGUUAA